AAGAAUGACGCAUCCUCCCAUCAGCUGUUUUUGUUUUGCUGUGCGAAUGUUGGAAGUUAAUAACACGAUAAUGACGAGAGUCCACUGAGUGAAGCAAAACAGCUCCCAAAGAUUGGGCUAGCUGUGUUUUGUUUAGGUUUCGAGGCUAGCUAGCUGUUAGCAUAUGUGUGUGAGUGUCAGCCAGCCCGGACAUUCCUCCCGCUGAGUGCGAGCGUGGCGUUUGGAGGAGUCGGCGGUGGGGGGAAAGGAGAAGGAGGAGGAGAAACGGGCUCCGUCAGGGGGUAUCGACCCGAACCGCAGGCCUCCGACCUCGGACAGAGAGAGGACAGGGAUUCGGGCGGUUCGGAUGGAGUCCCAGGAUGUAUCGGGGGACCCUGGAGGGCAGCGAGGCUUCAUAUGCGCCUCGUUCAACCAGGACACCACUUCUCUGUCUGUGGGCACAAAGACAGGCUACCGGCUCUUCUCUCUCACAGCUGUGGACAAGCUGGACUGCAUCCAUGAGGGAGUGGAGUGCCCUAACGUCUAUAUAGUGGAGCGGUUGUUCUCCAGCAGCCUGGUGGUGGUGGUCAGUCUUUCCAUGCCCCGACGAAUGAACGUCUACCACUUUAAGAAGGGAACAGAGAUUUGUAACUACAGCUACUCCAACAACAUCCUCUCCGUCAAGCUCAACAGACAGCGGCUUGUGGUGUGCCUGGAGGAGUCGAUCUACAUACACAAUAUCAGAGAUAUGAAGCUUCUCAAGACCCUGCUGAACACGCCCGUCAACCCCUCAGGUCUGUGUGCGCUGUCCAUCAAUCAUGGUAACUCGUACCUGGCGUACCCCGGCAACUCCUCCAUUGGCGAGAUCACGGUCUAUGACGCUAAUAAUUUGAGCACAGUGACACUCAUCCAGGCCCACGACAGUCCGCUGGCGGCUCUCACAUUUAACGCCUCUGGCUCCAAACUGGCCAGUGCAUCUGAGAAGGGCACUGUAAUCAGAGUUUUCAGUGUUCCUGAGGGCCAAAAGUUAUUUGAAUUCCGGCGAGGGAUGAAAAGGUAUGUUAGCAUCAGUUCGCUGUCCUUCAGUGCCGACGCUCAGUUUCUGUGUGCCUCCAGCAACACAGAGACUGUUCACAUCUUUAAACUGGAACAGCAUAGCCCCAGUCAAGACGAGCAGUCGCCUACGUGGUCGGCAUACGUGGGUAAAAUGUUCACGGCUGCCAGCACUUACUUACCCACCCACGUGUCCGACAUGAUGCACCAGGACAGAGCGUUUGCAACUGUGCGACUCAACAUGAUUGGCUUGAAGAACAUUUGCGCCCUGGCUACGAUUCAGAAGCUUUCUCGCCUGCUGGUUGCAUCCUCAGAGGGCUUUCUUUACAUCUAUAAUGUGGAUCCCCAGGAUGGAGGCGAGUGUGUCCUUGUUCAAAAACACAGACUCUUUGACUCUACAGAGGAGCAGGAAGAUGAGAAGGUAGAGGAGAACCAAGAAGAUGCACCUCCACAACCAGCCAGCCAAUCAUAUGCUGCCACUGUGGCUCUCCCUUCAACCCCGCCCUCCUCCACCACGCUCAUGGGCUACUCUGAAGACGGUGGAGCCCAGAAAGGUGAAGUCAUCCCCGAGCACGAAUUUGCAGAGGGCCCCAUUUGUCUGGAAGAUGAGAACGAGUUCCCUCCAGUUGGCAAUCAGAGUAACUAAUCAAAUCUCCUCGUUUCCCAAGAACCCCUCGCACCUCUGCACAGAAACAUGUUCUUGUUUUAAACGGACUGGACAGAAAUAUUCCUGAUGAGUCGACACUUUUCAGCACAUUUGCCAUCUCAGAAGUUUUCCUUACUGACCUUUGGAUCAAAUCUUCACAAGUAUUUCUUCUUGGUGUUUGUUUUUUGGUGUUCUGCGUACCCCUCACUUUCUCAAAGGAAUCAGAGAAAAGAAAACUAAAACUGAAUGAAGGGUCCACUCAGUUGGAAAAAAAAAAAUAGACGCAGAACAUUAGCGUUAGACAUAGACAGACUUGAAAAGCUGUCUAAAAUGUCCUACUGUCAAUUCCUACAUGAUGCGAGUACCAACAGUGUUCAACGUUUGUAAGAAACAAAUGCACAUGGAACCGAAACCCUGACAGCAAAUUUCCAUUACUGUUACUGAAGUUAUCUUGUUUGGUUUAUGAUGGUGAUGGGAAACUUAGAAUUUUAUGCAUUUCUGAUUUUCUUUUCCUUUUUUGGGUGACAUAAAAAAUAUCUCAUAAACUUCACUGUGCAUGAUCCAAUAUUUUACAUUUGUGGCUAGAAACAUGCUUGAAUCUUUGUUUUUGGUAUUUUUUAAAGAGAAUUCAUGCAUUUUUCUUUAAGACCUCCAAUCCUUGCUUUGUUUUCUCACAUAAACUUAGUCCUUGUCCACACAGAAACGCAGUUUUCCAAACCGAUCUUACCAUUUCUAAUAAUUCUCUCGUAAACACAGCAUUGUUUCCACAUCCAAACUCAAACACUCAAAACACUGUAGUAUAUCUGCCAGGCCUGAGUGUGGUGCUAAAGCGCAACCAUAAAAAACACCAAAAACAUGAAACAAGGCACGGAGCAUACUCAUAAAACUUACAAUGCUGGAUAAGAACGUUAAACACAACAGAAAGAAGCGGAUGCCCGUGGCUUAAAUUUUAUGAUUAUUAGAAUUCCUGAUCAUUAAAUUAACUGCUUAUCCUUGUGUUUGUUCUGCACACUGAUAAAUAAAAGUGGAUCUUUUCCCUGGCCAGAAGAAAGGACCUAAAUGGACCUUACCUCUCACUUGUUUAAUUGGGUGGGGGGGUUCUGAUUUGGUUAUAUUUAUGCAAAAAACAAAAGGUUUACAAAUGUUCGAACACCGCUGCAUAAUGCAUAUGUGUUACAGUAGGAACAACCAUGUGAAUAAGUAGUAUUACAAAAAGACUGACGAUACCCGAGUGGUGGAGAAAUGACUUGUCUGGCUGCUUUUAUUCAGGGGUCGAAAUAUCUAGAAGGUUGUUCAAACCUGAUUUUAUUUUAGCAGCCUAGCUUCAAGCCAAAUACAGUAGUGGUGGUGGUGGUGGGGGAGGGAAUCCCUGAUAAAGCUAAAAGCACAGUUCAUGUUUUGUAUCCAGUCUAAGCAGCUAAAGAUUAAUCAAGAGGGUCUUUCUGCACAUCAGACCCAUGAACUUCUCAACGGGCAUUAAAUGUGUCGUACCUCCAUAUAGAGGUGUAGUAGUUUCCUCACGAAGGGCAAAAAACAAAAAUAAAACAGUGAGUAAAACUAUUUAAAUCAUGACGUGACAGAUGCAUUCUAUUACUUGCUGAUGCUGCUUUGAUACUAACAACAGAAGAGACUAAACACCUCCAAAGCCACAAACGUAGCCUCAUAUAUUUGGAAGAGUCAACUCUGUCAGGAAAAAUGGUCAAAAUCUAAAUGUGAAAAACCUGGUGACGAGCUGCACUUUGCAAAGUUAAUCAUUGAAUUUCUGUGAGAUUCUGAAGACCUUUUUAUUUACAUGAUGCUGAGUAUGUCAACGUGUAUCUCAUACUUAUUUUUACAAUAAUGUAUUCCAUAUUGUUUUGCAAAGUAUUUUAAUUAAAACACAUAGACUUACCAUGUGUUAUAUGUUGAGGAUUUGUACUGUAUGUAUAAUGCGCUGUAUAUAAAAAAAAUUAUAUACGUAUAGAGAUAACCUGGUAAUUACACGCGAUUUGCCAAAAGAUGGCGUCGUUAGGACUCCCCUCAAACUGGACUGAGCUGUUCGGUUCUGGACAUUUAAAUCAAGCUCCAAUAAACCUGAAAGUUAUG